AAAAGCAGGUAAUUUUAAAUAAAAUUUUGCAGACAAGCUUUAGGUUUCUUAAUUGAAAAUUUAUUAGACUAAUUACGAUAUUACCAAUAAUAUUCGUGUUAAAGAUUAUUAACUUUUCGUGUUGUUUUUAAAUUUUGCGCCACAUUAUCUGUGUUUUUCUUUGAAAUGUUUAAUAACAAGGCUAACAUUACUUUUAAAAGGAAAGUUUAUGUCAAAUUAUUUGAAGUUAACAAGAUAGAUUUAUAGGUCUUUGUUUUUCGAAAGAUAACUGUGUGAAAAAUGUCUUCUUGUUCCAGAAUUACAGAUGAUGAGAUGCGAUAUUAUCAGUUUAAAGCUCGACAACAAUUUCUAAUUAAAAAGGAAGACCAUGAAUGGAAUGAAUUCUGUAAAAAGAAUAAAUGUACUUGUUGUUCCUGUCAACCAGUAAAUGCAACCACACUGCAAAAAACUGUUGGAAUUCAAGCCACUUCAAAAACUGCCUCAAAAUUCAAUCAGCAUGCAUCUGUUAAAAGAGUUCAAGAAAGACCAUUCUCAAAAUCUUUAAAUAACAUAGAAACUGAAUUAGAGAAACUUAAACUUACUGUAGCCGAUAUGCAGCUUAAUUACAAAAAAGAGGAAAAGGCAAUCAUUCAAAAUGACAUAACAGAAAAUAGACUUUUGGGAAAUGAAUCAACAUUAAACCUCUUGGGUGAGCAGCGACAGAACAUAAUAAGAGCUAGUCUUCUAAGCAGUCUUCAAAGGCUUCAUUCAUCUGCAGCACAUAAAAUAACUAAACCACAAUCUGCUCCAAGUCCUCGAAAUAAAGGAUUUUUCCUUCCUCCUAAUCUUGAAAAACAAAGAUUAAUAUCUAGAAAUGCCUAUCUAUCCUCAUUAAUAAACAAGCCCAAAGUUAUUGGUAAAACUACGGCAAAGUCUUUGGAAAAUAAAACAAAAACGUCUAUGAAGAAAAGUAAAAAGCUCCCGCAAAAUAUUCCUACUAAAAUAAGGAAAAAUAAAGUAGCCCCCAUUGCAAAAUCUAAAGAAGAGAAAACUUUGAUUCAGCUGGAGCCUCCUACUGAUAGAGAUGAAAAUAUUGAAACUGCUAUAGAUGGCAUAGUAGAUGAUUUAUUGGGAGAAGAAAUACUAGCUUUGAAUAGAAUCAGGUUUAUGAAGCUUGAAAAAAUAAGUUCUAAUCCCGUAAAGGAAAGAAAUACUGUUUCUUCAAAAAGGAAUAUUCACCUGCAUCAGACAUCUCCAGAGACUCGUGCAAAAAUCAAGAAAAUCCCUUUCUUUGACUUAAGUUCAUUGAAAAAGACAUCACAAAGCCCUCCUACAGUUUCUGAUGAUCAAAGUAAAAAUACAAAAUGUCAUACAAAUGUGAACAAACAAGCAGCUCCAACUAAUGAUAAAGAAGCUCAAGUUAAUAUUAAUAAGCCAAUUUCGCCAAAACCAUUUAGAACUUUACAUACUGAUCCACUGUUGGCACAAAGAGUUAGUAGACAACGAAAACUCUAUUUUCAGUAUUUAAAGAGGAUUGAACGAGCUAAAAGUCACAAUUUCGACCCUAUAGCUCUUUCAAAUAUGGUUUCAGAAUCCUUACUAGAUGAUUGCAUAUCAGAUGUUUGUAACGAAUUGGAUGAUAUCCCAACCUCUUUGAUAGCAGAUCUUUAUAAACAAGAAUUUACAUCAACAUUAUAGUCUAAAUAUAUACUUGUUAUGUAUAUAACUUAUAUACUUGUAAUUUAUGUUGGCAAAUUUUUUUAAUUUUUUAAGAAAUUGAAAAUUUUGUAAAUAACUGAAAAUAUAAAUAAGUGCAAUUAA